UCCCUUUCCAUCUCACUCAAUCUCUCUCUCGGUCCACAGUACAGGAAUGCGUGCAAUUUGGCUGAACUGCAGAGCGCUCAGUUCAGAGUCACGGCACCCAACUUUUCUCUCCCGAUUCCCUUUUCUUUAAUCUCCAACUAUUUCACUAACUCUGCCGUGCUUGCUUCUGUACUGCUUUUGUAAACCUUGUGAACUGUUAAUCCGCCGGGUGGUCAGUGAAUACAUUGAUCUGUACAUCAGAGUCGCCAUGGUGGCAGCGGCUGUGUCAGGAGAAAGGUGGAGGCUGGUAUUGCUGGGAGCUCUAUUAUUCUCUGGGUUAAUCCUGGAUUUUGGCCAGUGUCAGCAGGAAGAGGAGGGAAGGUCCCCCACACCAAGCAGGAAACUCAAGCCCAGUAAGGCUAAGCUUGUGAGGGGAGCAGCUAAAGCCACACCCAAAUCCAAGGUUAAAGCAACACUGGCUCCCCCAGCAGCAGCCAAUCAGGGAUCUGCUCACUUGACACAGGUGCUGAACAAAGGGAAGUUCCAGCGCGUGGGAGACAGUCUGGUUGUCCGGGCCGGUGCCACCCUGGAGCUGAGGUGCAAAGGAAAGCCUGUUAGUUGGGGUGUACCUGAUUACCUGGAGGAGGACGAUGAGGGGAGACUCAGGACAGUACAACAUGACCGCUACGGCACCCUGACCCUGUCCAACUCUACGGGAGCUGACACAGGAGAGUACACCUGUUUCCCCAUGUACUGUGAAGACCGCGACUGCAGGAAGCAGUAUGACAAGGCUGUCCCAGUCUACGUCUUCUUCUCCGACCCCCAGGAGCUGUUUGUCCCAUCCUCCUCUUACUACCAGGUUAUCCAGCUGAGAACCAAUUGGCCGACAGUCCUCCCCUGUCAGGUGACAUCGCCAGAUGCCAAGGUAACCCUGCACCGAGAGUUUCCGCCGGUAGAGGUGGCAGUGGACGGGGCGGAGAUCACGUUUAAUGUUAAGCGGGGGUUCACUAUCCAUCGGCCUAAGCCACACCAUGCCGGAGAGCUGUACUGUGUGGCCAGCCUGGGCAAACUCAGACAGAGCUCUGUGAAGUACAUGCUCAUAUAUGUCAACUACCCCAUGGCCCCCCCGACCCCUGUCAUCCAGGCAUCAUCUAGCUCUGUGGCUAUUGGCCAGAACCUCCAGGUAACCUGCACUGUGAUUGGAGAACCAGACGUGGUCAUAGACUUCACUUGGGAAUACCCUGGACAACAGAUUGGCAGACCCAUGUACACCCAGGAGAGUGUGGUGGCGGAGGGUCCAGGGAGACAGCAGUCCCAGUCUGUGCUCAUGGUAGAUGAAGUGAGAGAAGUGGAUGGAGGGACCUACACCUGCACCGCCCAAAACCUCCAAGGCUCCAGGAUCGCCACCACGGUGGUCAAGGUGCUUGCGGCUUCUGCUGCGGCCAAAGCCAAAGCCAAAGCCAAGAAACCCUGAAGGUCAAUGGGCUUCAGAUGGAGGGGAUAGGAAAGGUGAAACGAAAUGGCCCAGAGGAGAAAGAAAUGACCUCCUUCACUGCUGGGACCUAACAGUACAACUUGAAUGGGCUGGUUUUAUAUCCAUGGGUGGAACCUUACUUUCAUAGGACUCAGCACAUUAGGCGGACACUAUGGGCUCUGUCAGCCAGCUCUCAUGUUGCUGCUCCAUAGUCAACAGCUGUGAGUAGUUAACACACACACACACAGACUCUGCCUAUGAGGUUUGCACAGGCCAAAGACAAGAAGAAAGGUGGUGGAAUAGGUAUAAGCAUGAGAGAAAGUGAUGUAUAAGGGUAAAGCAUCAUAUGUUCUGCAAUAUUGCAACCAGCCUUAUGAGCCAAUAUCUUUUCUUAUCAUCCCCCAUUGGCGUGAAUGUAUUCUGGUCGGCAAAAUAUAUUGAUUAUGAACCAUAGAAUCAUAAACAGUAGAAUAAUGCUUUUGCAUCAUUACAGAAUUAAAGCUGUUUAUUUCUUAUCUCCGGCUAGACUAUUUAAAAGUUUUACUGACGGCUUGUGGUUAUGUUUAUGUAUUCAUGUGUUCAUGCUGUACUGGAGAGACUAUCCUUUUCACUUUAAACUGACAUGUUUAUGUUUUUUAAUUGUUAUCUUUUCCUACUUCUAUUUUCCUAAUAAAAAUGCCUUUUAUAGCCUGUA